ACGACAUCUUGAAACGCCGCCCCCAAAUACGCUCAGCCACAACGGUCAACGACGCAGCGUCUUCAAAAGCCCGCUCUCUCCUGUUUGCCCUUUUAAAUCAUAACCCCCUCGCAUGAGUUGCCAACAUCAACACCCGGCCUAGUCUGAACUUGCCUACACUAUAAUGGACGAACAUACCACCAUGCAGCUCAUGUAGCUGACGGUCCCACCUGAGCCGUACAUGAGGCUCGAUGACACGCUACUGGACUAUAGCGAAGCACAUGACACGACAAAAGCUAUGCUUGCCUUAAUCAAGGGUCACUAUGUUUGGGACUGGCCAUCAAAAUCGAGUCAUCUGACGCUAACCAAGGACGAUCGUGACCCAGAGGGACGAAAAAAGCAUCCAGAUGAAGACGAUGAAGAGUAUACGGACAGGAUGCAAAUGUGGGAAGCGUGGCCGAACAAACAAGCUAGGAAUGAGAAGGGAUGGCUAAAAUGUGCACUCAUCAGUGCUCGGGUUCUCGAUUGCUUGCAAACAUCUAGGGAAAACGGGCAGUCUCUCAGAGGAACGUACAAAGGCUCGAGAUACUAUUUCAAUCCCAAGAUUUUCUACGAGUACACUUGGAUGUGCCUCAACCAAGGUUAUGGACCACACAGCUGGAGACAACAGCCUCCAAAACCAGAGACAUCAGAGACAAGCCUUGGGUCUUGGUACAGAAAUCAAGCCUUAGCGAAGGUGAAAACCGUUAUCGCAAGAUGGAAUAAGGGUGAAAAGCUAGGCAAAAUCAUCCCAGUGAUAACUUUGGACAUUCUUUUAGGGCGGGCCCCUUACAUAAUGGAAAUCAAGGAUAGACUAGAGCAAGCUCAGCAGUCGAUAGACGACUCGAGGUCGAGGCCCUUGAGAUGAAAACAUCCAUGGCAGCGUUGUGGCUAUUCCAGCUCCACAACGCUACAAGCGAAAACUUUGCUGAGAACGUGGCUGAUUAUCUGGGGAAUAGAUAGUCGAAUCUAACUCAAUUGUCAAUUGAACUAUCAGUUCCAU